AUGUUGUGUUACCGUGAGAGUAAAGCAGAUACAGCUUGUAAGUUAGAAUGUCUCCAAGACAAACCGCCGGUUCACGAGUUUGUAGGACCGGUGAAGAUCGUCUUGAUGGAUGUACCCACUAACGUGUACAAGAGGAAGAUGUGGCUCGCGGCGCUCGUCGGGAUGGCCAAGUUGUUCAUGGGGGCCACGCUCAUAACCGUCCUGUACUUCGCGCUGGCCAUGAAGACUGCUUUAAUGCCCACACUCCAUAUAAUCUUGUGCACAUUUGGGUAUCAGCUCUUUAUCCCGGUCGGUAUCUUGAUGAUGAGCAAUCUGCACGGGCCGUCUUCUCAGAUGAAAUCGAAAGACCGCAGGAAACAUCAUUUCAUAAUACAAGUUAUUGGUCUGAUAUGCGCACUCGCUGGAUCGGCAUUAUCAUUCCUGCAUAAUGGAACUCUGAAGUUAAUUUUGACUCCACAUUCUAUAGCCGGAUUAACUGCAGCGGGCUUCGCUGGUCUAAGUUUGACGAGUGGUCCAUUCCUCUUCUGUAAAAUCGAAAGAGGUGACGUUUUUAACUGUUUUAAAAGUGUACACGUGUUAUUCGGUGUUCCAACCAUGCUCGCCUCUUCAGUGUGCUUCUGUCUGGGACUUUACUUCUCUAAAAUAUAUAACGAGUGGGCCCCGAUAAAGGAAAUGGUUUUUAUACCGAUUAUAUUUUGCGCUCUUUACACAUUUAUCAUUAUAUACAAGCCAAUAAAGAAAAUUUAUAAGCCAGACGUACUUUGAAUUAUUCUUAUGAAUAAAAGCAUGAUACAGUAUUACAGUACAGUUUUUUUGAACGCUGGAGUUCAUGGCUUUCAGCUUUGUGAUAUAUAUCGUUGAACAUGGAAAUAGUAGCUUAGUAUAACACUUAUUACUUAGAUAUAUAACAACAAAUAUUUCUUCAUCAAAGUAAAAUGAAGUAUAAUCUACACAUAUUUAUUAAGUACACAUCAUCUGAUACUAGAAACAAAUAUUUCCAAAAGCAAUUAAGGAACGUAUUAAGUACUAUUCUUCAUCAGGUUUAUAUAUUUUUCACAACAACACACAUUGCUUAGAUUAAUAUGUAGCUAAAGCACUCGAAUUAAGGAGGACCUUGUGCCUGAAGUGUGAUUAAAAAUAUAUUUUUUUUACUAUAUAUAACCGAUCGGAAACCGAAUGCGGGACGACGAUAUUGAUACACCUUGAAACCUAUGGAGGUUGUUGAAUUAUUAUCGAGGAAAAAGAUACUUGAUCCUAGCAGUGUAAAGUACAUAGAAUUUAUACAUUACGAUUUCAAUUAUCUUUGGCAUUUGGAUCAAAUGCGACAUGUCAAUAUACAUACAUAAAAUCUUAUUUUAUGCUUUUUUUUGAACAAAAUAGUUUAUUGAACUAAAUUUUGCUUGGUCACAACAAUCCUACAAAUAGAAAAGUGAAAAGAUCAGUGUUGUUCGUCAUGUUUAUAGUGCUAAAGUUAAUAUAAAAUGCAAAAUAAUAACUUAACAAUAGUGAUAUGAAAUCAGCAUUGAAAUUGAAGGAUAAGACACAUUCCAAAGGUAAUUUAAAGUUCGCUGGUCCCCUAAAGAUACUGGUGAUCGAAGCUAAAGGAGAGUACUAUAAGACAGUCUGGUGCGCUAUAGGCCUGGGUCUGGUCAAUGUGAUGAUCGGUGCUGUCAAUAUGACUGCUUUACUUUAUUCAGCUAGGACUGCAGAUAGUCAUUGUGUAAUUUGUACCAUAGCAUAUCACUUCUUCUGCGCACAAGCAAUUUUGAGUCUUAAUUACGCCAACGGAUGGUCGACGCCGAUGAGACUGCGACACCGUAAGUUGGCACAUGUGAUGCUGCAGAUUAGUGGUAUGACAAUAGGAGUCACCGGGACUGCAGUCAAACUAACCUCUGAUUGGCCACCGUCCUCCGCCCAUGGCAUUACAGGUUUUUGAAGAUUAAAUAUUCUAAUAUGAAGUACUUUUAUAUAGUUUUAUUUCCUUAUAAUCUGUUUAGUUGCAAUAGAUUGUGUGUAAUUAAACCACUUUUUAUAGAUAAAAAAAAUGUCAAAGUUCGUUUAAUUUUAUAAUGUUAUAAUGUUGCAUACAUUUAUAAAUUAAUUGCAUUUAAGUUUCAUUUUUGUUUUUUUGUGGCUUUUUCAUUAAGGUCGGUGCAAAUCUGGCGGUAGAUCCGUCAAGUGUCAAGUAAAUUAGUAUGUGUCAGUUCCACAAUAGUUCCGUCAGAUAUGUACCAACCUUUAAGCUUUUAAUUGAGGCAAGGUCCAAUACUAGUACUGCUCAAAAUGCUAUAAGGGCUUUAAUCUUUUUCUAUAUCUACUAAAUUAUUGUCAUUGAAAUCGAUAUAUUUCAGUGCGGCAGCAUAUAAUGAAUACAAUGAUUACUUAAUAGAUUAGACUGCUCAUUUGUUUACAAUAUAAACUUUUUUCAGUGAUUGUACAUUUAAUUAAAUUAAAACUAUACAUUAUUCCAGGUGUAACCGUUGCAUUUAUGGGCUGCGUCAACGUACUCACUGGUAUAUGUGCAUUGUGCGAAAUGCAUUACGGUAAAAUGUUUCAUAUAGCGUUUGGAAUGGCCACUUUUAUAAUGUCUUCUUUAAGUAUGUGCCUUGGUUUUUUCACUGCCAAUAUCAAAGAUUGGAUUGAUAUUAACAUAAUUGUUGUUUUAACGUGUUUCAUUGUGUUUUAUACCAUAUUCAUUGGUGCUACCGUUAUUAUCAAAUUCUUAUCAAAAAUUUAGUUUUAAGAAUGACAAUUGGUCUACAAUAAUAAUUGAAAUAUACUUAUUAUUUGUUCUAUUGCAAUUUUCUUGUAUUAUUAUAAUGAAAAGAUAAAUUUUAUUAUGUGAAAGAAUUAUUAUCUAUCUUUAAAGUUUUAUCACUUAUAAAGUCAUCAAACAGAUAGAUUUGAUAAUUUAUUGAUAAUUAAUUGUCACGUCUUGUACACAUGAUAUGAUAGUCUAUACAUAUAUAAAAGGAGAUAUCCUGACAUAGUGAUUGACAGAUAACUUUGAGUAUUGCUGAUCGACAUUUAGCCGUGGCAAUAUUCUAUUAUAGGUUUAAUUGGACAUCAAUGUUGUUUUCAUUAGUUCACACAUGAAAGGAAAACAACUGUGAAAUUAAAAGUCGACCGAGCCAUUGUGAUUUAUUAGUCUGUUUGUUUUGUUGACUAUCUGGUAAUAUAUUUAUAUAUAAUAUAAUGAGCGACAAAGAGAAUCGUUUAAUAAUUCCAUACUAAUAUUAUUUAUCGAAAGUAGGUCUGUGUAUGUCUGUUAAGCUCUCACGCCUAAGCUACUAAAAAUAGUUGACUUGAUAUAGGACAAAAGUUGCUUUUCAUUAUGAUAAAAAGGUUUAAUUAAGGAUUUAAAGUUUGUAUGGAAGUUCGUCAUUGUCAAAGAUAAAAUCAUUAAACUUUUUAUUCAGGUAUGAAAUAGUGCUCAACUAUACAUACUAGGCAUAAGCUACUUAUAUUAUAACCCACAAAUUUAUGUCAUUUAAUUUGCAGUUCGAUGCAAUUUAAAUACAAUUUAAUACAGAUUUUAACGAAACCUUUUUAAUUUAUCAAGAAAUAUUUUGACAACAAUUUAAUAAUUUUCAACUUUUGAGUAUACGAGUGUAUGGAUUAGGUGUUGAUAAUAUUGAUCUAGCAGGUAGGUACAAUUUACAAUAAGGUAAUUUGAAUUUUCACAGACAUUAUAAUUAUGAUUGAUCGGACAGAAAAUUUAAAAAAUUGGAAUGUUAUUCUUGUGGUAAUGUCAUUGGAGUCAUUUAUUAGUCUGCUGUUUGUCCAAAAGGAAAAUAAACCAGAUUAUUUUUUGGUUAAAAAUCAUAAGGGUUUCAUUAAAAAAAAAGAGAUCUCAGCUUAAUUACUUUUAUUUACAAGUAAAUAAAUAAUUUCAACUAAUAUUAAACAUUUGCAUUUCAGAUCCUAUAAAAAUAAUAUAUGAUUAAAUUACAAUGACUCAAAACCAUUUUACUAAUUUAUCAAGUGAUUAUUUACUGAUAUAAUAAUGAUGAGUAUGAGUAUGAAGGUAUAAUAAUGAUGAGUAUGCAUUAUUAUACCUUAACCUCAAUAAAGAAUUAUUAUUAUUAUAAAAUUGCUUACCGACUUUUUUAAAAAUAACGAUAGUUACUUUCAUUAUACACAAAAAAAUUGUAUUCAGUAGACAAAAUUAAAUAUUGUGAUAGUUAUGGUGAAUCUUAACAUUAUUUUUUCGCUCUUUUCAUAAUCUGCUAAGAUUGGAUCUCUUAUGAAGGUUACCGUUGGAAACGGUAACCUUCAUAAGAUCGUCGGUCCACCUGGACGCUCAGUGGGGCCUACUCACUGAGCGUCGCCGGGUAUGUGGUCGCCAUUCCAGAAAAUUUCAAUCUCAACAACCAUUGUUCCGUCUAGCUAUGUGUCCCGCCCACUGCCACUUCAGCUGAGCAAUCCUUCGAGUUAUGUCAGUAACGUUGGUUCUACUACGGAUUUCUUCAUUCCUAAUACGAUCUUGGAGAGAAACAACAAA